GGGCGGGAAGGCCGCCCGCCUGCUCCCCGGGCCCCCCUUCCCCUCCGCCGUAGGGCCCUAGGCAGCAAAAAUGGUUUCUCCCCCAACCCGCUACCUAGUGUUCUUUCAGUACUUUGGCACUAAAUAUAGUGGGGUUAUGGAGACUUCGAAUGCUCAGGCAACAGUUGGAGUCCAGAAUUAUUUGCAGAAGGCAGCGGAGAACCUAAAACCCAUCGUUCCCAUCAAGUUCUACAUCUCCAGCAGAACAGAUACUGGUGUCCAUGCACUCUGCAACGCUGCUCACUUUGACAUCCAGAGGGCACCGGGAAAGCCAGCUUUUAAUGAGGAACAGCUCAUCCACAGUCUUAAUUACCACCUGAGGUCUGAGCCAAUCCGCAUCUUGAAUGUCUAUCGAGUGGCCAACAGCUUCCACGCGCGCUUCUCUGCCCUGUCAAGAACCUACGUUUAUCGGCUGCUGAUGGGCUGCACUCAUCAUUCUCAAGUCCCGGUGUUCGAAAAGGAUCUCUGCUGGGCUCCCACAGGAGGCUCCCUGAACGUGCCUGCCAUGCAGGACGCAGCACAGUUCCUGCUGGGGACACAUGACUUCAGCACCUUUCGAUCACUGAACUCCGAAACGCCUUUUCAGUCUCCAGUCAGAACCAUCCUCCAGGCAGACAUCCAGCCCUCUUCUGGGUUCCUGUCCCACCACUAUGAACACAGGGGACUGGAGUUUUGGGAGCUGAAGUUCAGGAGCAGAUCGUUUCUUUACCGACAGGUCCGAAGAAUGGUUGGGGCCCUGGUUGCAGUUGGCCAGGGAAAGUUAACACCUCGUCACAUAAAGGAGCUACUGGAGAUAAAAGACUCGCGGGCUUUUCCACCAAAUGCCAUGGCUCCACCAUCUGGACUCUUCCUAAAAUCAGUGGAAUAUAACAAAGCAGACUUGGACACUCCAGAUGCCCCAGGAGAAUAACAGCUCUGUGAGAAAGCAGCCCUGUCUGACAGGACCCCUGUGGAGUCGGGAUGGAGGUUUGCCCAGCGCUCCUUACACAACACACUGUCUUGUCUCAAUAAAAAUCAUUGACUGGGA